GAAAGGCUUGCGGAAGAGAAAAGCGCUAAGAGUCGCCUCUUCCCUGCCAGCUUCUCUGGACUGUUCGCACGCCCCAGAUCGGGCAACCCCCUAUCUUGGGAGACCCUGCACCUACGGCAAGCAGAAUGGCUUCCUUUGGAUGGAAAAGGAAGAUUGGUGAGAAGGUCUCAAAGGUCACUUCCCAGCAGUUUGAAGCUGAAGCUGCUGAUGAGAAGGAUGCAGUUGAGAAUGAUGAAGGGAACUGGCUUCGUGCCAUUAAACGGAGGAAAGAAAUUCUCUUUGAAGGCUGUGCUGAGAAAAGUAAACAGCUGAAGGAUGAAGGAGCCACUUUGGCUGAAAAUAAAAGAUACCGAGAGGCGAUUCAGAAGUGGGAUGAAGCACUACAGUUAACCCCAAAUGAUGCUACCCUGUAUGAGAUGAAAUCACAGGUCCUAAUGUCUCUUCAUGAAACGUUCCCAGCAGUUCAUGCUGCAGAAAUGGCUGUCCAGAGAAAUCCACAUUCAUGGGAAUCUUGGCAAACUUUGGGACGUGCUCAGCUUGGAUUAGGAGAGAUAGUCUUGGCAAUUCGAAGUUUUCAAGUAGCCCUUCACAUCUAUCCAAUGAACCCAGAAAUAUGGAAAGAAGACCUUUCUUGGGCAAGAACGCUCCAGGAGCAGCAGAAGGUAGCACAGAGGAUUAAAAAAAGUGAAGCACCAGCAGAGGUAACACAUGUCUCACCAAAGUCAAUUCCUGAGUAUGACUUUGAAAGUGAGGAGAUUGUAGCUGUUUGUGCAGCUAUUGCUGAAAAACAGAAGACAGUUGCAGCAAAUAAAACAAUGGUUAUUGUGUCAGCUUCUGGGACUGUAGAGACUGUGACUGAGAAGGAAGAUGGUGCUGCUCCACCAGAUGGCUCUGUUUUUAUCAAAGCCCGAUGAAGCUUAGCAGGAAUCAUUUGAAUCUAUCUUUGCCACCUAAAUUUUAGCCGUGGGGGCAUUUAGAGAAACAGGGCAAAACUCCUGUUUGUAAACUAAGUUUUUCAGAUGAGGCAUAUAAAAACUAAAUGGAAGAAUUAUUGUGUAGUGUUUGGACUCUGCUUUGAUAAGCUAUGAUUUCAGCUUCUUAAGAUUAAAAUUCUGAGUACAGUGGUUUUUUGAUUAAUAAGCUUAAUUUAAUCCAAAUAUAUAAGUGAAUGCAUUUUAAAGAUACAACUUGCAAAGUAAAUUCUCAAAUAGUGAAUAACUUGAUGGCCAGUGUUAUUAAAAUAUUGACUUGUUGGCUUUUAUGAUAAAGGAAGUAGGCUUCUUUACGUGCUAGAAAUACACUGCUGUUACUCUUUACUCUUCUUUUUCUCUUUUUUCAUUAGAGUAAGUCUGUCACAAAGCUUGAAUCUUUUUGACAUUCAUUUUGAUUCAAAGUUGUCAUUUGGUUAUAUGUGGGAUCCUUGAAAGUUUGACUGAAAAUGCAUGCAAAUGUGUACAUUCUGAAUAUUUUCUGAAGUUUCUCUUAAUUCUGAUUCGUGCUUUUGUUUUGACUUUAUAAUUAUUUAUAACAAUGGUAGUUGCUAGUUUCAGUAUUUGUUAGAUGUGUGAAAUACUGAUAAAUGUCAGAAUCAUGGUUUUAUUUUUUAAAUUAUUAAAGUAGAUAGAGUAGUCCUUAGGACCAAGUGAGUCAUUUUUAAGAUGUGCAUUUUUUAAAGCGAACGGCUCUUAUAGAUACAUCAUAACAAAUUGCACUGCUGUUGUCCCAGUCAAAAGCAGUUAUUUUCUUUUCCUUAUUUUUACAAGAUUAAAACCCUUGAAAAUAACUUAUCUCUUGAUAUAACUUUUCAGCUGAUGGUUUGGAAUUCCUUUUCUAGUUAACUUUUCUGGAACUACUCAGUGAAAUGAGAAACAAUCACAGUUUUAAAUAGCUAAAUUAUACCUUUCUAAAAAUUGGAAAAAAAAAAGUAGAGAUUUAUUAAAGUGCCAAUGAGUGAAUACCUUAGGCACAACAUACAUAGAAACUGAAAUGUGAUUUAUGGUUCAGUCCCAUGAGUAGAAAGGAUAUAUUGCAGAAUAUAUUUCAUUGAAAGGCCACAGUCACAUCCACAAGUCAAUACUCUCAUUGCUAAUGUUAAUUGUUAUUUUUAUGCCACAUAUAUGUUAGUACAGUAGAACUGCUGUGUACUGUUACUUCUGAAACUCAGGAAGCUAUUAUUGGUUUAAAAUUAAUUUUAUCCUUAUUAGAGAGGAAGUAAGUUAUUUUAAAGAAUCUUACCUUACCCUCUGAGGGCAUGUACAUGUAAUAGUGUACAUUUUUAUGAGAUGAUUUAAAAACAUUUCUUUUAGUGGAAUGCUUACCUCUUUUUUUCAGAGUUGGAGAAGCCAGCACUUGCCUUGAAAAGUAUCAUAUUUUUUUCCCCAAAGUUGUAUCAAAAAGUUAGCUCUGGUUAAAGAAGUUAGUUUUAGAACGAUCCAAAAAACAAAUAUUAAUUAUAUUUUAUUUUGUUUAAUAAGGCAUAUUCUCAAAGGGCAGAUAGUUGGGUAUCUAGAGAAGUGAGCACUUACUAUUUCGUACGUUGUUUUGAGUAAUGGAUGUUUAUUGUAUAAUUUGUGAAUAAAUAGGUUUUUUCUGCAUUUAAAGGUUUGCCUAUUUUGUGGUGUUAGCUUUUGAAAAAUUAGAUUGAUUUAUUUAAUUCAUUUCUUAUGUGAAAAUAAAAUAUGUAAGGCACCUUGUAUGGUGUCUUGUGUAUGAAGUACUCAGUAAAUGCUAGCUAUUUCUAUGAAGAACUUGAAUUGGUUUUAUUUAACCUCACUUUCUUCUGAUUUUAAGAAAGGAGGAGAACUUCUUUGUAAUCUUUUCCUUUCGUGAAAGUGAGAAGUCACUACUUCUGAUACUGUAGGACAGAUGGCUUUCAGUCGAGGACUCUUCUUGGUGUAAGGUCUAUACCUCAACCCAAAAGAAGCAAGACCCAGAAUGGAGUGCAUGUAGCCACUAAAUUCUGUUUAUGAACCUAGCGUUUCCUCUGUAUUGACAUCAGUAGGCCAGGUUUGUCUCUUCCUUACACAGAGAUAAGACAUAAGAUGGUUUAGAUGCAAGACGGAGGAGAGAAAGAAAUAGUGAAUUAUGCAGAAGGAAGGCAGCUCAUUUCUUCAGGCCCCAAAAGAUGCUUAGCUAACACUCUUGUGUGUGUGAAGAGAAGAAUGCAUACAUUAUUUUAUAAGGAUGUGAAUACCAAUAGAUCUUUACCAAGCUUGGUAACUAUAAUAGCAAAUUCUUUUGAAUCUGAGAGAAAAACAAUUGAUGUUCAUGAUAAAGGUAUAAUUAAAUAUAUUUAAUAUACUUUCUGAAACAGCACUAAACACUAACAUUAUAUUGAACAUAAUUUGUAGUAUUCUUGUUUGAAAAUUGUAUGGCAUAGACACUCAUUAGUCAGAACAUUACACAUCCAGACCAUGCCUGAUGAUUUGAGAAUCAUAUAUUAUUCUCUAGGCAACAGGUUCUUUUUGUUGUUGUUGUUGUUGUUUUUUGGCCACACCAGCGGCACACAGGAUCUUAGUUCCCCGACAAGGGAUCGAACCCACACCCCCUGCAGUGGGAGCACAGAGUCUUAACCACUGGACUGCCAGGGAAGUCCUGACAACAGGUUCUUAGAUUAUAGAGUAUUUAUCUUAAAUGUGCUAACACUACGUAAACAUUGAAAAGUCAUGCAAGGUAUAGAUCACAGAACCUGGAUCUACUUUUUUUUUUUUUUUUUUG